UUGCUGCUUCAAAUAUGGAACAUGCACACAAGUCUUGUGUGUGCAUGAAAUCAUCUUAUUAUCAUGAUAUGUUCUUGUUAAUUUAAUCUUGUCCUGAUUUUGUUAAUUAGUUCUCUUUUCCCUAGUGUUUCUGUCUCCUGUGAUCCUGUUUUGUGAGUUUUCAGUCUGUCUUUGAGCCUCUUUCUCUCGUGUUCUCAGUGUUUUAUUCUUUACAUCAGUUUUCUGUGUUUUCUGUUUUAUUUUGUCGUUCCUUGCCCUUGUGUGUCUGGUUUAGUUUAUCUUCCUGUUUUAUUUUGUAGUAAUGAGCCCUGUGUGUCUAGUCUAGUUUUACUUCCAGUGUUUUCCCUCCUUAGUGAUUGUCUGCACUUGUGGCCUUGUGUCUCACCUGUCCCUUGUUACUCAUAACUCUGGCUGUGUCCGAAAUGGAUCCCUAACCCUUAUAUGGGCGACUAUAUGGGGGUUAACGCCAUUUUGAGGGGUGUCCGGAACCUGAGUGAUCAAUUCCAAUGCCCCAUAUAGGCGACUUAAAAUUUCCCAUAGAGCACUGCAACAUGUAGUGACCAUCCGAUGGUCACUCAUCAUGCAUUGGGUCUUGCCAUGUAGUGUCCGAAACCUCCAGUAAUUGAGCUCACUACAUAGUCAGCUAUAUAAUGAAACCCCAUAUGGUGGUUAGGGGUUAGGGGUUGAGUGGUUCAUUUCUGACACAGUCAUAGUCUAUCUAGUCUCUAUGUAGCAUUCCUUCGUUGUUGGUUCAUUGUCCCUGUUAGUGUCAACAAGCAGUUUGCUAAAGACCAGCAAAUUAAGGACAUGAAUUACUGAAACUAUGAAUUUUUAGCAAUGAAAAUCAGACAAAUUUAGCAUCUAAGUAAGUGAAUAUUUAGCAGUAAAUGACUGUAAAAGAUUACUGUGAAAGUCAUGCAAAAUUCCGCCAGUAAUUUACUGUGAUUUUAUGCUCAAAAAUGUAACUUCGCAGUAGCGGGAAUAACAUCUUUCCCCCUCAACUUUUACUUUUAAGUACUACUUAGCAGCUGUUUUGACAUUGCACAUCUACAUCACAACAGUGGUAAUUGAGCAGAAUUUAAGGAAUUUGAAGGAUGUCAGUGUCGUGUUAGCUUCAGUUCAACUUCAUAUCGACUCUGGCACAACAUGGCCUAACCAAAUGACACAUUGAAAAGUUAAUGAAGUGAAAUUGAACAAUAACCUUUCCACUAACUUCUUGCCGUCGUCUUCUAUGCCUAGAUUGUAAAACACAGGUGCAUCAUCAUUAUUGGUCCCCUGGCAGCUCACUAACAUUGUGGCUUUUUUUUCUUUCCUUCUUUUAUUUUCACAGUAACUAACUUUUUUUUCCAUUGCCACUUUUUUUUUUUUGUGUCGUUAAUUCAGUUGUGGCUUUUUUAACUCCACCAUUUUAUUUUUUUUAAUUUGCAGCGGGCUUCGGUUUCUUUUUCGACUUCUUUUUUUUUGCAUUCUGUUUUAAUUUGCAGCAGUGGCGGUUCUCGGCCACCAUAGAGAACCGUAAAUAAAACAAUAUAUUAGCAAAACAGUUUAAGUCCAGUAGUUGGCACGCUUGUAAAACUAAUUUGUUUGCAAGUUUUAAGUUUUACUUUUUAGAUGACUUUUUUUUUUCUUCAGAGUUUCAUUCUCACUCAAAUUCUUAUUUUUGUUUGAUAUUGAAGAAGUUUUGUUUAAUUAUUUUGAUGCAUAUCUGCUAUCAGUUUGUGUCAGAAUCGCAAACAAAACUCAGGGAGCGCAAACGAGAGAGCUGGCAGCAUAACUGCAGAAGUGACGGUGAGGGAAAGUCUGAGCAACGAGAAAGAAACAGAGGAUGCUGUAAACAAAAGGAUAUUUGACAAAAAGUAAAAGACCAGUAGUUUACACAAUUACACAAAAUUUGUUUGCAAGUUACAAGUUUUAGUUUUCAGAUGCCUUUCUUUUUUUUUUUUUGCUUCAGUGAGUUUUAUUCUCUUUUAAUUUUUUAUUUUUGUUUGAUAUUGAAGUUUUGUUUGAUUAUUUUUGACACAAAUCUGAUUCCAUAUCUCUCUGUGAUCCCUGAGGUUUAUAUGAGGUGAAUAAAUGUUGAUGCUUUUAGUAAAAUGUUGGUGUAGUUGAUCUUGAGGACAGCUGCAGCUUUAAUAACUUCUGCUUCUUGGAGUUUGAGCGUCUAAAGUUCACAUCGCCGCUCCUCCUCCUCCUGGAUUAUACAAGAGCUGGAUUUCCCCUCCCUCCUCUCUCACACAGCACACUCACUUCCUUGUUCUCUUCACUUCUUUGUUCCCUCCCCUUCAGAUCUACAGUCUGAGGAAGGGUGUAACCAGCAUGUUCUGAGCUGAUCCUGCUGACUCACAUGUUGUUGAGAUCAGAGCUCAGACUAGUUUCACUUCUGAGGAAAUGAAACUCAGUCAGUCAGUCGUCGACAGUGAGUGUUGAAAUGGCGCAGAAAGGAGUUCAGCUGGACCGGGAAUCUUUCUCUUGUUCCAUCUGUUUGGAUCUACUGAAGGAUCCAGUGACUGUUUCCUGUGGACACAGCUUCUGCAUGGGCUGUAUUCAAACCUACUGGGAUAAAGAGGAUGAGAAGAAGAUCUACAGCUGUCCUCAGUGCAGACAGACCUUCACACCGAGGCCUGUCCUGAUGAAAAACACCAUGUUAGCAGUUUUAGUGGAGGAACUGAAGAAGAGCGGACUCCAAGCUGCUCCUGGUGAUCCCUCUGAUGCUGGACCUGAAGAUGUAGUCUGUGAUUUCUGCAGUGGGAGAAAACUGAAAGCUGUCAAGUCCUGUCUGCAAUGUCUGGUUUCUUACUGCCAGAUUCACCUCCAGCCUCAUUUUGAAUCACCUUCAUUUAAGAAACACAAGCUGGUGGAGCCCUCCAAGAAGCUUCAGGAGAACAUCUGCUCUCGUCAUGAUGAGGUGAUGAAGCUGUUCUGCCGCACUGAUCAGCAAUCUAUCUGUCAUCUCUGCCCUGUGGACCAACACAAAGGCCACGACACAGUCUCAGCUGCAGCAGAAAGGUCUGAGUGGCAGAAAGAUCUGGAGGAGAGUCGAGAAAACAUCCAGCAGAGAAUCCAGGACAGAGAGGAAGAUGUGAAGCUGCUCCAACAGGAGGUGGAGGCUAUCAACGGCUCCGCUGAUAAAGCAGUGAAGCACAGCCAGGAGAUCUUCAGCCAGCUGAUCCGUGUCCUGGAGAAACGCCGCUCUGACGUGGAGCAGCAGGUCAGAUCCCAGCAGGAACGUGAAGUGAGUCGAGUCAAAGAGCUUCAGGAGAAGCUGGAGCAGGAGAUCACUGAGCUGAAGAGGAAAGACGCAGAUCUGCUGAAGCUCUCACUCACAGAGGACCACAACCAGUUUCUGCACAGCUACCCCUCACUGUCAGGACCGGGUCAACCUGCAGACUCAUCCAGGAUCAACAUCCGUCCUCUGAGAUACUUUGAGGAGGUGACAGCAGCUGUGUCAGAGCUCAGAGAUAAACUCCAGGAUCUUCUGACAGAGACGUGGACAAACGUCUCACAGGCAGUGACUGACGUGGAUGUUUUACUGUCAGAACCAGAACCAGAACCCAAGACCAGAGCUGGUUUCUUAAGAUAUUCACAGAGAAUCACACUGGAUCCAAACACAGCACACAGAGAGCUGUUAUUAUCUGAUGGAAACAGAAGAGCAACAGGGACAGGACAACCACAGUCUUAUCCUAAACACCCAGACAGAUUCACUGAUUAUCGUCAGGUCCUGAGUAGAGAGAGUCUGACAGGACGUUGUUACUGGGAGGUGGAGCUUAGAGGGAAAGACGUUGAUGUAGCAGUCGCAUACAAGUCUAUCAGCAGAGCAGGAAACUCAGAGGAUUGUUUAUUUGGAUUCAGUGACAAAUCUUGGAGGUUAGAGCGUUAUAAAGACAGAUAUAAAUUUAGACACAACAAAGUCCACACUCGUGUCUCAGGUCCUCUGUCCCCCAGAGUAGGAGUGUACCUGGAUCACAGAGCAGGUAUUCUGUCCUUCUACAGUGUCUCUGAAACCAUGACUCUCCUCCACAGAGUCCAGACCACAUUCACUGAACCACUACAUGCUGGACUGUUUUUAUUCUGGUGUAAUGGAGACUCUGCUGAGUUCAUAGAAGUGAAAUAAACAGAACUUUGAGUCAAUCAGACCAAAAAACAUGUAAUGAGAUCAUUGAACCCUUGAAAUGUUCUGGUUUGUAAAUGUUUGUGGAUCAGUCUCACCAAAGAGUGUCAGUUUAGUUCUAGAUUUCAGCUUUUUCGUUCUUUUCUAAAGAUGCUAAUUUGGUCUCAGCUUUAAGGAAAGUGAUUGUGGAUAACUCAUCUUUGGAUUUCUCAUUAUUAAAAAUCUUCACAAAAGUUUGAAAACAAACACAUCAAGAUGAUCAUUUGUUUAAAUCACAUUAAGUUGGUGCAGAUUUUGUAGGUCUAAGACUUUAGAAAAAGUGACGUCAACAUAAUGAAAGAAAGAUGAAAAAGCAAAACCUUAUUUCCUGUCCCAAAUCUGACCAUCUAAAGUCUUCCAGUCUGCCCCCAAAACACUUCAAAUGAUCUUUGCUUUCUCUGUUUGCUGAAUAUUUGUAUUCAUGUCAUCCAUGGAUAUUUCUGUCUGCUUCUGUUGGAUCAGUCUGUUUGUAAAGACAUCUAUAAUGACACUUUUGACAGAUCAUGUUGUUAUGAGCGUUUCAAUCACUCUAAAAAUUAUCACAUUCAUUUGUCCAACUGUUGUUAUGUUUCUGACUCAGCUGAGAUUGUGGUGAAGUCUCUGAUUGUGGAUAAAAAAAAAUAAAAGUCAACAAACUGUGUCACUGAAA